AUGAUAAACAAUUUUACCCACGAAUCUCCGCAUAAUGAGGCCGUUCCUGAUGGUAGGAGUGUACUUGACCAAGUAGAUCAAUAUCUCACGGAUCAAGGUACCUCAAGGGGUGUAGAAACCAGCAGAUCCAUGCUAGAUUUGGAUUUGGCAGCUGGAUAUGGGCAGGGCCCACCAGCAGACGAACACCAAAUGCGAACAAGGCCACAACACCACCGUCAACGGUCUAAAGAGGGCACUAAUCACCAACAACACCAUCCGGUGCCUUUUAACUUUGACCUCGAUGUUUCGUCCAUUCCAAAUGCGGCGAACGAUGCAAGGGUGGUACGACCUGACAUGGUCUUUUCUCCUAUGAUGUCACCUGUAGUUGAGCCGGUACCACCAGGACAGUCCCAUCAAUACCACCACCAUCACCAUCAUCACAAUUCUGGAUCAAAUGCUAAUACACCACUUUUGAGAUCGCAAGCUAGCAACCUUCCUCAUCACGCUAUCCCAUCAUCCAAGGCGCACUGCUCCCCACUUUCAUCACCUGUUCUUGAUCCGGCAGCGGAUAGCAAUAUGGUAAACCUGAGACGUGUCACCUCGAGCUCUUCUUCUCGUGGCAAGAGAACUCCAAUGUCAACGCCUGCUCUCACGGCGACCACAGUGGGAACGUCAACCUCUUCGUUUGGGAGUGCAUCAACAACAUCAAAAGUGGUGAAGAACAGUCCACAGUUGGUUCAUAGACGAUCUGCAGCCUCGAUUCAAACAAAACAUAAACAAUCGAUUCAGACAAAUUGGGAUGAGAUGUUCAAAUUACCGGACAGCUCAAUCCCUCCGCCAUCUUUGCCGCUGGCGGCAGCGGCAGGUUAUUCCCCAGCAGGUCAGCAAUAUCAAUACCAGCAACCGCAACAGCUUCAACAGUCUCAACAUCCGCAACAACAACAUCAUAAUCAUCCUGAUGAAUUUGUCCAUUCUCGUCCCAAUUCGAGUGUGUCCUCCGAACGCACGCAAAAUUCGGCCAAUUCCACUGUCGCGCUCAGUAGCCUAGAUCUCGACCUCGAAAACUAUGACUAUCAACCGUCACACCAACACGAAGUUACUCCGGCCACUUUAAUGAAUUAUCCUAAAGUGAUUUUGCCUUCAACUUCUCAUUCUGCCGCCCAGUCACCAGCCCGUGAUUUGUCGCAGCUGCCUGCAGGUGUUAACUCGAGUAAUGAAAUUGGCAAUGGAAGCCAUCAUGGUGGAACCAAUGGCCCUAGUAGUAGUACCUUUAUUGUCGCCUCCGAGUCGCCAGUAAUUAAGGCCAAAAACCCCUCGCCCGUAUUUUCGCGGCCGCUGGCGACCCGCAAAGUCAGUACGGGUACCACUAGCGUGCGGGGAACCCCAGAAUUAAAACCACAUCGAAAAAACAGUAAGAAUUCGCUCAGAGAAAAGGACGACGACGAAAUCUCUGUGAGAUUUGGAGAUGGCGACGGCGAAGGGCCAGAAGAUCAACACAAGAAAGAUAUACACAAGGCCGCCGAGCAGGGCCGGCGUAAUCGUUUGAACAGUGCUUUGGCUGAGCUUCACUCUUUAAUUCCGCCCGAACUCAAGGACUCUAUCUUGAUUCCUUCAAAAGCCACAACGGUUGAGCUUGCUUGUACCUAUAUUCGUGAGCUUCUUGCCAGAAAUCAUAACCCGUCAAAUCACGGAUAG